UUCCUCUUAUUACUUAAUCGUGAAGAAAUUUCGGGAAAGAAGAUACUCAUCCACGAACAAUGGCGACUGUGACCGGCGAAGAAUCACUGGAGCUGCCUUAUUGCGGGGAAGAAGAACGUAGUGAUCCACAUACGAUGGCGACUGUGACGUGCCAGUCGCCGGAGCUGCCUCAGGACAUCUUGAUUGACAUAUUUUCCCGCCUCCAGAUCCCUGAUCUCGCGCCUGCGGGCUCUGUGAGCUCCUCCUGGCGUUCGGCCUACACCAGCCUACUCAACCUUGGGAAGUAUUACAGACAGGCUCAGACGCCAUGCCUGCUAUACACUUGUGAAUGCGCUGGAAAGAACGUUGCAUGUCUCUACAGUCUCGCGGAGAAGAGGGUUUACAAGCUGCCUCUCACAUGGUCACUCCUCCGCGGCAGGUUUGUGAUUGGAUCAUCCCUAGGCGUCCUAGUUACAGUUGAUGAGAGGUCUGAGAUGCACCUCGUCAAUCCGAUUACCGGUGAGCAGAUUGGCCUCCCUUCGGUGACCACCAUAGAACAGGUGAAGCCCAUCUAUGAUGACACCGGUGCUCUCCACAUGUACGAGUGCUCAUUCCACACUGCAAAGAAGGUUCUCUGCCCUCCAGAAAUUGUUGCUCUUGACAAGCUACGGGAUUUUCUCCAACACAAGGCCUUUGUGCUUUCGGACACAUCCACUAAGAGCUUAAUUGUGGUGCUCAUCCACAACCCACAUCGCCAGCUCUCCUUUGCGAGGCUCGGGGAUGAUAGCUGGACCUGGCUGCCGCCGCACGCCUUCUUUGAUGACUGCAUCUACAAAGAUGGACUGUUAUAUGCUACCAACACGGAUGGAGAAAUUCAUGCCUUCGAUCUCUCUGGCCCUAAGGUGACAUGCAAGAUGAUUUUGAGGAGGUUCGAGGUUGAAAAGUGUCGCAGCAUGUACAUUGUACAAGCUCCAUGGGGCGAUCUUCUGCAAGUUGGGAGAUCAUUUUCUGAUUAUGAGCUAGAACCUGAGCCUGGAGCAUUUGUUUAUUGGAACACUGGCAGAUUUAGGAUAUAUAAAGUUGGCAUUGCAGGGAAAGGACGUGAGAAAGUCAGGAGCUUGGGUGACCAUGUGUUGUUUCUUGGGUAUAAUCAGUCGCUUUGUCUUAGUGCCAAAGAAUAUCCAGGUCUCAAGGCAAAUCAUGCAUACUUCACUGACGAAAGCUAUUUGUGGACAAAGGGAUUUGAGAAUAAUCGCCGUGAUAUAGGAAUUCUCAACCUGUGCAAUAACACGAGGGAGGAAAUCGUGUCACCUCAGCUUUGGUCUGAUUAUCCGGCUCCCACGUGGAUUACACUUGAUCUUAGAAAGAUGAAGCUAGUUUUAAACCAAGCCAGCGACAAAGUUGCUACCACAUCAGGUCAGGACACUGCGUCCAAUACGCCCGAGCUCCCCCCUGCCUUCCGCCAUGAAGACAGCGACAAUGCUGCACUUAGGAUGGUCUUCUUCCGUGGCGCCGCACUACAAAGAGGAGCGGGAGCCCGUCACGAGGAAAGCAUAGUGGCGGAGGCGCAGGAGCCUAUCAUGGGGAAGGCCUAG